GAAAGGUAUCGUUACAUAAGCAAAAGAUAUAUGGCAUACACAUUGAUGGCCAACUUUGCAAAAUAUAGGCACCAUCUAAGCAUGGUUCUAGUCCAAAUUUUGUCUGCAAUUGUCUAUUUCAUUACAGAAGCUGCCUUCAAUGAAGGCCUAAACACUUUUGUCUAUGUCAGUUAUCGGUUUAUCCUAGCCGGCUUGUUGAUGUUUCCCGUCGCAUAUUUCAUCGAAAGAAAAUCCAGGCCAAAGAUGACGUUAGUAAUGUUUUUGGAGAUUUUUGUGGUUUCUCUCUUCGGGAUAUGUUUAACCUUCAUUAUGUUCUUCAUAAGUAUGAGAUGCACUUCUCCGACAUUCGUCUCAGCGGUGUACAACACGGUGUCGUCCUUGACUUUUUUGAUCGCCAUCCUGUUCAGGAUGGAGGUUGUCGAUGUAAGGAGCUAUCGUGGGAUGGCGAAAAUCCUCGGUACCUUAAUAUCGUUAGUUGGGGUUACCAUCAUCACUUUAUACAAAGGACCAGCACUGCAAAAUAUGUGGGGCACUCCAAUUCACAUGAAGAGACUUUCUAUUCGCGAAAACUGGAUUAAAGGGUCAAUCCUCACCAUUGCUAGUUGCAUAACAUUGUCUUCAUGGUACAUUAUGCAGUCAUUUACCAUGAGGAAAUAUCCAGCAGAGCUGUCACUCACAGCAUGGAUUAGCUUCAUCGGAGGAAUGCAAUCCGCUGUUUUUGCGGUGUUGGUACAGCGUAAACCGGGUGUUUGGUCGAUCAACAUGCUGGGACUUGAUUUUUGGGCCAUUACAUAUUGUGGAAUUAUCGGCUCGGGGCUCCUCAUCUUCAUUCAGUUGUGGUGCAUGAAGGAGAAAGGGCCAGUCUUUGUGUCCAUGUUUAAUCCUCUUCAAACAGUCGUAGUUGCGGUUCUAGCAUACUUCGUGUUCGGUGAAAAACUGUAUACGGGCAGCAUACUAGGUGGAGUCACUGUUAUCAUUGGCUUAUACCUUCUAUUGUGGGGCAAAGAGAAAGAUGAAUCUUACACCAAGGGCCAAGAUCUACCAUCUUCGCAUUCCGUGGAGCUGAAGGUAUCCAACAAGGAAGAGGUAGCUUCAGCACUAAAAGUGGAACCAUGAAGGAACAUCAGAGAAUAUAUUAGAAUUUGGCAGUAGGAAAAAUAAAAUUGAUUUGUCACUGAUGAUUGCAAAUUGUAUUAGAAAUUAGUGUUUUGUGGGGUGGAGAGCUCAACAAUAUCUGUAAACCAAUCCAUUUCUGCUAUAAAUGAAUGGUAUUUAGUAUUUACCUUAUUAU